AUGAGCAGCGACACCAUCGACAUCCUCUGCAUCGGCUCGGGCGCGCUGGGCACUGUCUACGGCCACAUCCUCGAGCGCGGAGGCGCGCGGAUCACGGCCGUGGCGCGUUCCAACUACGAAUCCAUGAGCCGCGACGGCAUCACCAUCAACAGCCCGAUCGUCGGCCGCGUCGAGGGAUGGAAGCCGUACAAGGUCGUCAGGGGCCCCGAGGAGGUGCAGGAUCAGUUCUUUGACUACGUCGUGUGUACCUUCAAGUGCACACCGGACCUCACGCCGACUUCGGAGAUCAUCCGUCCCUUCCUGCGCAAGCCGUCCAACGACGAGGAGCGCAGCAGGCUCCCCACCAUCGUGACGGUGCAGAACGGCAUCGGCAUCGAGGCCGAGGUGCGAACGUCGCUCGUCGACUGCGCCGAGCCCGUGGCCAAGGGCAUCAUCAGCGCCGUGGCCUGGAUCGGCGCCAACCUGAAAGAGAACGGCACCGUCGUCGAGUACGGCAGCCUGGAGAAGCUCGAGAUGGGCGUGUUUGCCAGCCUCGAUGCGCCGACCACUGACAACGGCAUCCGCAUCCCCAGCGACCAAGAGCAGGCGAGCCUGGACCACUUCUUUGGCCUGUACAAGCGGGGCGGCGGCGGCGGGCUGCUGUCGGACGACAUCGAGGCGGUGCGCUGGAAGAAGGUGCUGUGGAACGCCGGCUGGGGCGGCCUGUGCAGCCUGGCGCGCCAGCCCGUGGCGGCCAUGAUUACCGAGUCGACGCUGCACCACACGGUGGGCGUGGUGCGCAGGACGAUGCUCGAGAUCCUCUUUGUCGCCCGCGCCUGCGGCAUCGGCGAGGACCGGUUCCCGGCCGCUGCCGUCGACGCCGCCUUUGAGAUUACGGGCAACUCGGCUCACGUGGCCCAGUUCGCCGACAUCCAGAGCAACCUGUCGGGCGAUUUCAAGCCCUCGAUCCUCCUCGACCUCGAAAACGGCAGGCCGAUGGAGCUCUACCCCAUCAUCGGCGCCGUCGUCGAAAAGGCCAGGCUGCACAACGUCGACACGCCCCGCCUCGACAUGAUCCUCGCCGCCCUGUGGCCCAGCCAGGUCGAGGCCAUCACGAGGGCGCGCGGAGGCAAGGACAAGGCGGGCCAGGUGGGCGUCCAGUACUCCUCGCUCAACGCCGUCAGCAAGGGCGCGUGGUCGGCGGGCGCGCCCGUGCCCAGGGACGGCCGCAACCUGAUCUGA